CUUCCUGUCGUUCAUCAGAGUGAGGGAGAGGGAGGAAGGACGCAGAAUGGCUACCGUGCAGUGCUCCAAAUGCACGGCAGAAAGGAAAGGGUUUCGGCGGGAACUUGAUUCUUGGCGACACAAAUUGAUACACUGCGUUGGGUUUGAAAGUAUACUGGAGGGAAUCUAUGGCCAAAUGUUGCUGAGAGACCUCAAAUUAUUUGAUGACUGUGAACCGGAAGAAGUGGAUGAUUGGUCCCCAGAAGCAAACUGCUCUCAGUGUUCAUUCUGCAGCCUUCCCCUGGACAAACUCAGUGAGCAAGCACCUGCAGCCGCGUCACCCCUCUCCUCCCCCUCUGAUUACUCUCCCUGUCAGGCUCCAACCAUCUCUGAGAGCAGCCAGUCAGCACACAGGUUCCUCCAAGCUGUGUUUCACAAGAAAGAUGUGCCACUUGGCUGUGAUUCCAACAUCCCUCUGGUUGCUCAGGAGCUGAUGAAGAAGAUGAUCCAUCAGUUUGCCUUGGAGUACGCGUCCAAGUGCCUGCUUCACACCAAUACAAAUGGUGUUACAACAAGGACCUCAUUGCCAUCGUCAGAAACAUCGGAUGCCCCUCUGGACCUCACAGUGAGCCGACCCCAGGAGGAGAAAGACAGUGAAAGUGAACCAGAUGGUGUGCUCGACCUCUCCAACAGGAAUUCUGCCUCCUCUGCCUCAACAUCCUCAUCUAAUCACAAAGCCUUGGGCUCCCUGCUGCCAUCACUUGCGGAAAAAUUGGAAGAUCUGGGACAGCGAGGGACUACAUGUCAUCAGAGCUCUGCAUUGGAUGCUGUUCUCGGCUCACUCUGCCCAUCACACAGUUCCUUACUCUACCAGAUACUGAAGCUGGCACACCAGGAAAAUUUGCUGUUGUUCCUUAAUCACAGACCUGUAGGUCAGAUUGAAUCUCACUGCUGUCAUUGUGGUGUAAACUCACAGGAUAAUGUCAGUCCUAAUGCAGUCCCCCUUAUUGAAUGUAAAGCCCAUAGCAGCAGCCCAUACUACCCUUUAACUGAUUGUGAUCAUCAAGGUCAUGGCAGUCCUAUGUAUCAUCCAGGAGACUGCAAGUCAAAUUGUAGCAUCCAUCAUUACCCUUUAACACACUGUAAAAGUGAUGCUCCCCUAGGCUCAAGGUACUGCUGUUUGCAGAGGUCCAGGAUGGAAACCUACACUGUUCUUUGCCCCAAGAGGCUGCACUGCAUUUCCUGCCAAAGCCUGUCUGUAGGUCAUACCAACAACAUGGUGUGUUCGUUUGCUUUGUCAUCCAAAUCCCCUUCACUGUGCACUCCCUCCUCUAGUUUAUGCCCUUCCUCAUCGAUCUGCUGUAACCAACACAAUCCCCACAAUUGUACCUGUUAUUCAAGCCAUGCCUAUCUGAUGCAAAACAGGAACACGAUAGACAGUGUUGUUGGAGAUACGGAUCCUCCUUGUCCUGUCCUGAAGAGAGAGCAGAGCCCCUCUCCUCCCCCUCUGUCCCCCAUCCCCUCAGACAUCAGUAAGAAAAGUGAUGAAAAGCCACCAUCCCUACUUCACCACAGAGAGGAGGCAGAAACUGACGUAAUGGAUAAACAUGGUCUUAUGACUGCAAGCCAACAGGAAGCUGAUAUGGACACAGCUAUAGAAGAGGAGCAAGAGUGUGGGACUCCAAGAAGUAGUUGUGCUGAGCAGAACCCAAGUGGGACUUCACUGCAGGAUGUAGUGAAUCGCUUCAGUGAGAAACUGGAGACAAUCAGACCUAUAGAGAAAGAUCCGUCUCUGGUCUCCACAGCCGUUUAUGUCUCUGAAAAGGAGUCUCCUUCAACCAGUCAGCACUUGGGGUUUCAUGCUGAUGCCCAGCUAACUGAAAUCAUCACCACAGUGCUACAUACAGGCAGUGCAAGUGACUACAAUCUCAGUGAGCUGUUCAAUCGGCAUGAUAGCAAAGAGCCUAAGUCACCCAAUACCCGCUCCCGUCGUCGCCAAGAAGUCCGUGCUGCUAUAGCAACUUCUGCCAAUGAUUCUUCAACCAGAAGGCAUACUUUAAAAAUUAAACGAGAGCUUGCCAUGCUUGACCAGUCUUACAAGAGAAGAAAGGUGCCACCAUCAAAGAGAGCAAGAUUGAAAGAUGACAAUGUUAAUAUAACUGACAUUAACAUUUCAUCAGAUUCAAACCAAGUAAAAGAAGAGCCUAAAAGAGAACUGAGGGGUGUUGAACUGGAAGCUGUAGAGAAUCAUAGAGUUAGUGAGGGAUCCCUGAACUUUCUUACUGCAGAAAGUGGCAGGGGUGAAGUAAAAGAGGAGAUACAGACAGUUAUAGUAACAGAGGAAGUUCAAAACAUUAAGGCAGAAAACAAAGAAAGAGAGAUAUCCAUUGAGGAAAAACAUAGUCCUCUGUCAGGCACUCAAAUACUGACCCCUGAGCUGCGAAGCAAGUAUGGCAAACAAGGCUCCAAACAUGACAGUGUACAAGCACAGGUCAUGACAGUGACUGCAUCCUCAGCAAAACAGUGUGUCAGGCCUUGUGAAGAAGAUGGUAUGGGUACCUAUGCUGGAAGCGAUAGAAUUAAUGAAGAAGCCACAUCACUCAGUGAUAAUAGACGAGGUAAAGGCAAAGAUUGCCAUCGUCCUAUUAGAAACAGGCAGAAAUGUCAAUCGUGUCACACCAAGGAGACAAGGAGAUCAAGGAGAAAUAUAGUCCCUCCACAGCGGUUCUCCUCCUACGUCACAGAGCCCAGGAAGAUGUACUUUGUUGCAUGUUUUUCUGGAAACAUCUUCCAUCAGAAAACACAAAAGGACAAUACUUUGACACCUGGCAACCUGGAUGCCUUAUCCCAAGAUCCUGUUGCUAAGGACGCUAAGUUUGAAUCAAGAAAUGAAACCCCUCUGUCCUCACCUGAGCAGACAUUGAAGCUUGAAUUUGACUCCACACAGAAAGGACAAUGUGGACCUUCAUUUUACAAAGAGUCAAACAGUAUUAUCACAAACCAGAUAUUUCCACGAAAUGUGGCUGCCAAAGAGGAGAGCCCCGCACAACACAGCUCGGACAAUGAGGCAAAUGGCAGCGACUGUGGCGCCAAAUCUUUUAGAAGGCUACGGUCAUCUCCAAAAAGAAUACAAAACUCAAAGACCACUUCAAGAGUUGCCCAAAAUACAUCAAAUAUGAAUGUCGCCAUAAAGUCUUUUACCUGUGUUGAGAGCCCUCCUAACUCACAGGUCCAGUACACUAGCCCAAUUAAGCUCAUGUUUGUAUCACCGGUGAAAGAUAAGGAAGGAGUCAGAUACAGUCUCAAAUCAGCAUGUUCUGGUUCUAGUGAACAAGCAGAGGAACCCUUUGACCCAUGUGAAGAGUCUUCAUGGUCAGGGACAGUUCAGAUAAACAAAAGCCAGAGCACAGAGUCUGCUACUUCACGAAAAACAUCUGUUUCUUCACCACUGAAGUCUGCUACCUCACCUGCAAGAUCUGCUUCAUCGCCAUCCAAGUCUGCUUCUUCACCACAACCCAAGUCUGCUUCUUCACCACAACCCAAGUCUGCUUCUUCACCACAACCCAAGUCUGCUUCUUCACCACGAUCCAAGCCUGCUUUUUUACCACGAUCCAAGCCUGCUUCUUUACCACGACCCAAGUCUGCUUCUUCCUCACCAUCCAAGUCUGCUUCUUCCUCACCAUCCAAGUCUGCUUCUUCCUCACCAUCCAAGGCUGCUUCUUCCUCACCAUCCAAGGCUGCUUCAUCACCAUUCAAGUCUGCUGCAUCACCAUCCAAGUCUGCUUCUUCACCACUAUCCAAGUCUCCUUCAUCAUCACCUCUUAAGUCUGCUUCAUCACCAUCCAAGUCUGCUUUGUCACCGACAUCCAAGCCGGCUUCUUCACCACUCAAGGUAGCUUCUUCGCCAAGCAAGUCUUCUUCACCAGCCAAGUCUGCCUCCUCACCAAAGUCAGCGUCAUCAUCACCUAAAAUAAGUUCCAGGAGGUCAGGCGAAGGUACUCCAACUAAACGGUUAGUUGGAAACGAGAGUCAAAGGUCACCGGGUGACUUGUUAUCUUUCCAUGAAACCACUCCACCAAAAAGGCGCCCAGGUCGGCCAAAGAAGCUGGGACCACGGCUGGAGCAAAAAGCAAAGAGGCCAAUUGGUCGACCACGCAAGCAGAAGGCUGUGGAUUCAGUAAUGGGUGCAAAAUCAGUAAACGGAAGGUCUGAAAUAUCAUCUGAUGUUGAGGAGAAUGUAAACAAGAACCUCAAAAUAACAGUAGUUUAUGGUCGUUCAAGAAGAAAUAAACGAACUGUGUCUGAGGGCUUUGACCAGCUGCAAACAGAAUUUCAUGAUGCUUGCCAAGCAGUGGGCCUUAAAAGAGACUUGGGCAUUUUAAUGCACAACUCCAGUAUUAGCUCAGGUAGUAUCAAAACAGCCUCGACAGAAUUGACGGAGGAAUUACAUUUUGUCAGCCCCGUGAAAGAUUCUGCUCUUCAGUCUAGUAGCAACAUCAAAUGUCAGAGGCAGGAUGAUUCUGUACCCUCAAGGAAACCAGGUAGACCUGCAAAAGUUAAAAUCUCUGGAAUCUCUGUUACAGUAACCACAGUGUCGCCUCGACAACGUAAAAUUCAGAUAAAUAAGGACACUCGACAGUCUCCUGAAACUUUAAUGAGUAAAAAAAUACUUCUCCCAGAAUUCAAAUCUGCCAAAGAGCCUUGGACAAUCAAUCGUCAAGCAACAAGUAAAAUCAGUCUAACAGAGGAAGGGAUUGAAACAAAGGAUGAAAAUAAAGACAAACUGUCAAAUCAGCCUGUAGCAGUGCGUCACUCAAUGAGAGUGAGAAAGCCCUCGAUUCACUUUCUGCAUGCUGUUGCAACCUCCACAUCUAGAUCAUACAGCCACAGUAAUGCUCUGCUACGACGCUCUAAACAACUUCUGCUGAACAAGGCUAACAAUGAAAGGAGACAGGCAGAGCAGCAGAAUAAUGUGGAAACUUCAGGGGAGGAAAGACAGAUCUGUGGACAGGAGAGGCAGAACAUUUCUCAGGACCUGACCAGAGUGGCAGGAGUAUCUGUAGAUUCAAUCUUUACCCAAAAAGAGACGCUAAGGUGGUGGGCAGUGUCUGCUGAGGAAAAGACUAUGAACCAGGAGCUUGCGAGGCGAAUACGACUCAUAUCUGACACUUGGGUUUCAGACACUGUGGAGAACCAAGAAAAAGAAAUUGCCUUCAAUUCUAAAAUAGGCGCUAAAGGCAGCAGAAAGUCGAAACAUUCCUCAGUAGUUCGAACGCUAUUUGACUGUUCUCCUAACAAACCACGCUCUUGUAGCAUGCAGCAGCUUUGCUCUUGGUUUAUGCAAACCACAGAAACACAGUCUCUGGCUAUUGUCAAAAAGGCAAGCUCCCGUAAUCCUUAUGAACUUAUGCACUUCCCUCGUUCUGCCAAUAAGAAAAGUGUUUCCCACAGUCCUCAGGCAGAGCGACUCCGCAAACACAUCAAGAAGUUUGCCAAAAUGGUGCCAAAAAGUCCUCUGCAACAUCAACAGGCUCAAAGAAAUUUGAGGAAGAGGAAUGAGGCCAGUCUAUCAACACAUGAUUUUAGGCGACAACUCUUCACUCCCAGGUUUGCAGCAGACAGACUCAAUCAAGGAGCCCAGUGGCAGGCUAUCAGGACAUUUGGUAAAUACCAAGCUGCUCUAUUUAGAGCAAGGACGAGGUUCCUAAACCGGAAAGAGAGGGAGAGGUGGCAAAAGAGGCAGAGGAGUAAGAAUAACACAACAGUUGCUACAAGUUGUUCACAUAGACAUGCAGUGAUUGGACUACAGCAAAAACGUAAAGCAUUACACAAGCAUUCAGCAAAAUAUCCCUUAUCUGACUGUUUGGAUAACAGUUCUGCCGCCAAUUCUGUUGACCAAACUCAGGACCCUGUGGAUGUACCCAAAGAGCAUAACCUCUGCUCUAAAGCCUGGAGUCCUGAGACGCUGAAGGAAUGCCGGGUGUUUCUGAGGAAGAUCAACUCUCCAGACAAUGAAUCAACUGAGGAAGAGUGGGACUCCUGUACCGUGACACUGGAUGAUGGGUCACCUUCUGCAUACCUCUUUGCCGCAAGGGAGAGAGAACUGGUAGGAGUUGUUAAAGCUGUGAAAACUGAAAGAAAAGUGAGCACAAAUAGAAUUGCCUCAAGAGAAGUGGGUUCUGCUCCUAAAUCAGUGCAGGAGCAGGAUGAGAUGCCAAUGGGGAGGCAGAAAGGCAAAUACAAGCGUCCUAGGGUUGUGUCUACUGAACCACCACAGCCACCAGCAGCGAAAAAGUUGAGACAAUCGCGAAUGAGGGGCCUAACCGGACCGAGGUGGUGUGACUUUGUGUUUGAAAACUAAAUGAAGCCUCUUCUCCGACCUGAGAAAGGGACUGUGGUUUAACGUGGUGCCUUGGGACAUUGAGCUGACCACAUAGACUGACCGCCCCGCUGUGGUUCAGUCUUACACUCAGCAAUUAUGUAGCAGUCUAACUUAACAAAAGCUUGAUGUUGCACUAUUUUUAUCCAUGGAUAUGUACAGAAUAUUUGAUUUUUUUUUUUUUUUAAUCGUCAACUUGCCUUUGUCUUUUUGAACGUGUAUAGUAGAUCAAAUCAUUACGUCAAACAGAGUUUUAAUAGGAUAAGUGCUUAAACAGUGAUCCCUGUCAGAGCGGCUGUAUUGAAGGAAAGACAAAGCUUGACUGCAUAGUGCCAUCCCCAUCCCCCAAAACAUACCUCAUUAUCAAGGCCACCACUUUUUUCAGACAAUGACCUUGCUCUGUUACUCUUAUCCUGAAACCAGUAACAAUUUUUAAUACAUUAAAUUAAAAAUGUACAGCUCUAACAUCCCCCAUAUUUAUUUAUAGUUACUUUGGCACUGUUAAAAUUCCAGAUUGCUAAUUUAAUGAAUUGUUUUUUUUAUUUUAGAUCUUGAAAUUUAAUGACAUUUCUUGAAUCCAAGUGUUGUUUGCAAUAUUUUCUUUGAUGCUUCAGUCACUGUUGUAUUGCAAGUCAGCAGCCAAAAAACAUGGUUCAAAUGAAGGAUUUUUUUUUUUUUUUUUUAUCAGACGAACCCUAUCUUCCCCCCAAUCUGUGUGUGUGGGCCACCCUACAAACUUGUGUAUUUAACCACAGUAACUGGUCAUGCACCUGUACUGAAAUAUUUUUAUAUCGUUAUUUCUUUUCAAGUAUUUUUCAAAAAAAAUUGCAAGUCUUAGCACCAAACUGCAAUUAGCACAAACAUACGUUGUGACUACAUAUCCAGCCCCAUCACCCACAAAAUGUAGAGGUAUAUGGGAGGUGAUGAAGAAAGUAGCAUUAUGCAGUUGUAGACAGUAGAUUUUGAUUCAUUCGCUGGUCUGUUUGAAAUCACUUAUUUUCGUUGUCUUUUUUUUCACCCAAAGCAUAUAUUAGAUGUUGGUGUCGGAGCUACUUCUUGCACUAUUCCAUCUGAGAUUAUUAAUCCCACUACACAGAUUCUUCCCCCGUAUUCUUCCCCCAUAUUUUUGCACAUCCCAUGUCCCACUACCAAACCCUACUGUAAAACUAGAGAAUAUAUUUGGUGCAAUACAAACCCAGAUGAUUUAUCAGUAUGUAGUAAUUAUUUUAUUGCUGACAGACGAAUGGAUGUACGCAAGUACCAGUGGCCUGGGAUGUUGGUUCAGUUGUUUCCAUAGCCAUGUAAUGUGAUCUUAAAGGUUAUUGCUAUACAAACUUUGUUCUUUAUCAUCUGCUUUGUUUUCCUCAAUGAAGCAGAAAAACAACAGGUUCUUAAUUAUUAUGAUAGCAUUAAAUUUUUCUUAUUCAUAAAUGUACAAGCAUUAUUUACUGUUAAAAUGCAGGUGGGAUAUGUGUUGCACUUAAGGUUUGUUUUUCUGAAGUUGCAGCAAAUGACACAUACCUCCACUGGGGCUCAGCUAGGCCUAAUGCUCUUUUGCUUAUCAACCCGUAUGAUAGACAAGGCCAGACAGAUGAUCAAUAAACACUAAUCUUGGAUCAAAAUCACUUUUUCCUGCCCCUUAAAGAUCCAAGAUGUCUGGCUAUAGGUUAAAACUUAAAUCUGUAGUGUGUAUUGUGUGUCUGACUACCCUUGUAUGUAUGUUAGUAUUGCAAUUUCAACAAGAUGGAUAUGAGGUGGUGGAGUCUUGUGAUAAAUAACCAUUAGCCCUCUGUUGAAGAACCUGGUGCUAAACAUCUGUUGUAUAUUUUCUCAUGUGUUUUUAUACUGUCCAGUACAGAUGUAACAGAGAGGCAUCUGUGAUUGGAACAAUAAAGUCUUAUGACAUAAACAGUGAA